CGGCGGGGCUGAGUGGGCAGGGUUUACUCUUUUUGAGGACGUAGACAAGAGAAGAGGCUCCCAGUCUCCAGACCUCCGACACAGAAGAAGCAAGGAAAUCCACCUCAAACUCUCAGAACCUUCAGAACUAUCAUAACUAAAUCUACUUAACUCUGCAGAAUCGCAGGAAGGAACCAUGGUGGCCAAACAGAGGAUCCGCAUGGCCAACGAGAAACACAGCAAGAACAUCACUCUGCGGGGGAACGUGGCCAAAUCCGCGAGGAACAUCAUGGAGGAUAAAGGCGUGGGGCCGUGGCUGCUGGCUCUCUUCAUCUUCGUCGUGUGUGGAUCAGGUACGUCUCGUUAUUAUCAUUAUUAAUAUUAAUUAUUAACCAUUUAAUUUAACUUGUUUAUUUGUAUUACUAUGUUUUCAUUAU